AUGCUCUUAGUAGGUAUUUCCAUCGAAGACACUAAGGAAGAUGUUGAUAAGUUAGCAAGAAAAGUUGUAAAUUUAAGAAUUUUUGAAGAUGAGCAAGAUAAUUUUUGGAAACAGAGUAUUAAGGAUGUGAAGGGUCAAAUCCUAUCCAUUUCACAGUUUACACUUUAUGCAAAGACAAAGAAGGGAACCAAACCCGAUUUCCAUAUGGCUCAAAAGGGGCAUAUUGCCAAAGAACUUUAUGAUGAUUUCUUACAGGUGAUGAGAAAUGAAUUGGGGGACGAGAAUGUGCAAGACGGUCAAUUUGGGGCCAUGAUGAGUUGCUCCUUGACCAAUGAGGGUCCUGUGACUAUCAUUUUAGAUAGUAAGAAUUAG